UCGGACACAGCCAACGUCCGCACGGCACGAGCAGCUCCAACCGGCGGCGGGAGCGGCAGACAUGGCGUCGACUUUCACAGACCUGAACGGCCGCUGCAUUACCCUCGAACAAACACACCACUCGCCGCUAUGCCGCGAGUUUACAAUCCUCUCCCCGAAGAUGUCGCUGCGCUCGGUGCUGGGUUACACGGCCGCCGUUUGGUUGACCGCUUACGCCAUCUUCUACCGCACUCAGAACACUUCAGUGCUGUCAGCUUCAAUUGUUUUGACUCUGGUUGGGAUGAUACUGCACCUUCAUUUAUUUAAGAUUGAUCAGGAGUCGGUGCUGAUCAUUGGAUCGAUUGGAGUUCAGAUGAACACCUUGUAUGCCUCGGGCAGAGAGAGCGUGAGAUUCAUUGAAAUGAAGAAGGUGAAAGAUAUUGUGAUCAACGAAGCCAUUUAUAUGCAGAAAGUUAUCUACUACCUGUGCAUUCUGCUGAUCGACCCCGGAAACCCCAGGGGAGUGUCCGAGGUGGUGCCAGUAUUCCAGAGUGCCAAGCCACGUCUGGACUGUUUAUCGCAGGUGUACAGAAGCUGCCAGGAAAUCCUACAACAGACACAGGAGGAACAGUGACCGAGUCAAGGAAAGGCCCUGUUCUGUCAGGUGCCUAAAGGAAGCCCUCGACCUGUCAAAUGAUCCUCAGCAGCCAGUGAAGAGGACACAGCACUUCCCACUGCUGUCAGCAAUGUCAUGGAAACGACCCCACCAGGUCGUAAACAUCAUCAGGUGCUGGCCAUUGGAAAUGACAUCCUUGUUGUUGGCACACUUCACGAAAGAAGGACGUUGGCAUAGCCACAACGUAUCAGACGCAGGGCAGUUGGAUGCAAUUACAGACUGAUGCUUCUUUGUUCCUCAUGCCCACCAGGGUGACAUAGACUUUCCAGAUAUUGCACCUUUCACAGUCACGCGAUCUGCCAGCACACAAGUGAAGUACUUACAAAGUGAGGUUGCUGUUGUAACGUAGGAAGUGCAGUAGCAGUUAAAUGUGCAACGAUAUGCUGAUAAUUUGAUAAUCAGUCUAAACUCAUGCUGAUUGAAGAAUAAACAGUGACUUGAACACCAGAGAAAACUGCCUUGCUCUUCUUUGAACUAGAAUCUUUUAUGUCCAUCUGCGAGAGAGAGAGAGAGAACGCUGCACUGUGGUGGAGAGUCACCCUGGUAUCUACAAUCAAGUUUUGAGAUUGGAACUUGAGUGCACCACCUACUGACUGGGAGCUUAGAGUGCUGUUACUAAAUGAGUGACAACCACUGGUAACAAUCAGCAACAGGAUUUAUUUCUGGAGACCUGUGCCUAACAUCUCAUGCAAAUGUACCCAGUAUUGUCCUGAGCAAUUUUAUUGCCACAAUAAAUGGUGGGGAUGACUGUAUAAAUAAAAUAAUGGAGAGGUCUGGUUAUUAGGUUAGUUGUGGACCCUCUGGUGACCACAUAUGUUGAUAAGUGAG